AUGAGGACCAUGAGGAAGGGCGCUUCGCUGCUCACUCUUGAAGAGUUGAUUCUCGUCGACAAGCUACAAAAAAUCCUUCGCAAGCACAGUCCACCAACACGCCGCCUAAGCAGUGCAGGCGAGAAGGUCGACACUCGCAAAUCAACGAGGAAGUCAAUCAGCAUCGCCCAAAUUGCGAAGAUCGCCAACGUGAUCGACCAGCAAUGUGUGCGGAAGACGUUGAGAAGCUUGUGA